CACGUGACUUGCUCCGUGGGCGCUGGGUCGAGGAGACCGUGAGGCCUGAGCUUAGGUCGGGGAGGGAUGGAGCGCUGAGCCGUUAACGUCUGCCAGGUUGUCUGCCUCCGCAUACUUGUUACUGCUGCCACUUCCUCGUUUGACACCUUCCUGGGACAACUUUGCAAGAUAGUUAUUUCCGAUUAACAGACAUGGAAUUCCAGUUUCAGAGUCUCUCUUGAUUUUGGAAGAAAUACCUGGUAGCAAACAUGACUGAGUUCUGGCUCAUAUCUGCUCCUGGGGAGAAAACCUGUCAGCAAACAUGGGAGAAACUGCAUGCAGCAACUACAAAGAACAAUAAUCUUGCUGUCACUUCCAAGUUCAACAUUCCUGACUUAAAGGUUGGCACACUGGAUGUAUUGGUUGGCUUGUCAGAUGAACUGGCUAAACUGGAUGCGUUUGUAGAAGGGGUGGUUAAGAAAGUGGCUCAAUACAUGGCUGAUGUAUUGGAGGAUAGUAAAGAUAAAGUUCAGGAGAAUCUUUUGGCCAAUGGAGUUGACUUGGUUACUUAUAUAACAAGGUUCCAGUGGGAUAUGGCCAAAUAUCCAAUCAAGCAGUCCCUGAAAAAUAUUUCUGAAAUAAUUGCCAAGGGAGUUACUCAGAUUGAUAAUGACCUGAAAUCUCGAGCAUCUGCAUACAAUAACUUGAAAGGGAACCUUCAGAACUUGGAGCGAAAGAAUGCAGGAAGUUUGCUAACCAGAAGUCUAGCAGAAAUUGUGAAGAAGGAUGACUUUGUUCUUGAUUCAGAGUAUCUUAUCACAUUACUGGUGGUAGUUCCCAAGUUAAACCACAAUGACUGGAUUAAGCAGUAUGAAACACUAGCUGAAAUGGUAGUUCCAAGGUCUAGCAAUGUUCUCUCAGAGGACCAAGACAGUUACCUUUGCAAUGUCACCUUGUUUAGGAAGGCAGUUGAUGACUUCAGACACAAAGCCAGGGAAAACAAAUUCAUUGUUCGUGACUUCCAGUAUAAUGAAGAGGAGAUGAAAGCAGAUAAAGAAGAAAUGAACAGGCUUUCAACUGACAAGAAAAAGCAAUUUGGGCCACUUGUGCGGUGGCUGAAAGUGAAUUUCAGUGAGGCAUUUAUUGCAUGGAUUCAUGUGAAAGCGUUAAGGGUUUUUGUUGAGUCUGUUUUAAGGUAUGGUUUGCCGGUGAACUUCCAAGCAAUGCUACUUCAGCCCAAUAAGAAAACAAUGAAGAAACUGAGAGAAGUAUUAUAUGAAUUGUAUAAACAUCUAGACAGCAGUGCAGCAGCUAUUAUUGAUGCUCCUAUGGAUAUUCCAGGCUUAAACCUGAGUCAACAGGAAUACUACCCCUAUGUGUACUACAAGAUUGAUUGCAACUUGCUGGAAUUCAAGUAAAAAUGAGCUCCUCCUCAGACAAUCCUGUCCUUGUGUUGGUGUAUGCUAACAGGAAUAGGUUGCCGUAUGAUAGUACUUUUAACUCUGUCACCCUUUGCUUGCUUCCUACCCCCUUUCCUAGGUGAGUUCUCCCAUAGUGGUCCAUCUCAACAUUUUCUUUUUAAAGGGAAAUAUAUGUAUUAUUUCUUUUUAUUGAUCAGGUCUGUAAAUGUGUACUAAAAAAAUCAGAGUUUAUUUAUAAACAGAAUAGUUUAUUUAAAGAGAAGGUCUUUUCCUCAUUGAUAUUGUGGUAUGCUUUAAUUCCAUUUGUUACUAUUGUGCACAAAAGCCCUGUUUACAAGGGAAUGGUGUAAACAUACCAUUUUGUUCACUGUAUUUAGUAGACAUAACUGUUUAAUAGUUAUUGAAUCGUGAUGUAAAGAAAUGUGACAAUAUACAGGUAUGUACUUUCUGAAUGUUUCAAAUUACAAUCUACGAGCACUGUCAACACCAACAGGAGAGAAUAAAAUUACCUGUGCAAAGGUG